AAAGACGCUGCGGCAAACGCGGCAAGCGCAAAGGUGGGUGGAGAGACCGAGUUGGCGGGAAGAUGUUCGAGUCGCGACAGCGAAGGGAGACACGGAAAGAGAGACGGCCUGUACGAGCCAAGAGGCAGGGCGACUCCGUGCUUCUCCUCGGGGGCUCCGGGAGGGAGACCGACGUUCAGAAAAAGAAGGUAACGCUGCUCACCGCACCACACGAGGGCCGUCCACAGUCGGUGCUGACGCGAAGUUGGAGAAGUCGUGUUAGGUCUCCCCAACUGCCUGGCCGCGAAAGCUCAGGAAAGAAAGUGGGUACGCGCCCCGGUGUUCAAACACAACAAAGGCACAACUGUACACUCAAAAAGCCUCACGUUUCUUUACCAAUCUUCAGCGACCGCACAAAUGCACUAAAAAAAGUCAGAGAACGGCCCUCGACCGAGCGCAUGCGUGCGUGGGCAACGAGGGCACUGAGGAGAGGCAAGACCAACAGCUUAAUUUCAGAUCCACAGAAGAUGGAAGAGGCAACACAGAGAGAAAGAGAUUUGUCAAACCACCUAUGCAUGCACGGACCCGUCCGAAAGACGAGAACUCUGAGUUUCUCUACGGCACGGGCUUCUCCAGCAAGGCAGUGUAGGGAGACACGAAGUCUCUCUCUAAAAAAGAAGACAUCGUGUCGAUUCGGUUCAUCAAAGAUACGAAAAAACGAAGGACUCGAGUCCAGAAAGACACGUCGGUAGGAACUGAGAACCACGCAGACAGUUGCGGCUGCAGAGGGGAACGAAAACGGUCUGUUUGAGCCACUACUACACAGGCACCAGAACAGCCUUUCCUCUUGGCAAUAAGCAGAGGUACAUAUAUAUAUAUAUAUAUAUACGGAGAGUUGAGACGCCAACAAGAAACGCCCGGCGUCUGACGAGACACAAAGCACAGGCAAAGAAAUCCAGGAAGAACUUUCACGUCCACUUGCUCGGCUCACUGAAACAGAAGAAACGCGCGAGCAAACGAGCAAAGACACAUGAAAAACACACUUACAGCCACGGUGAUGCAAGCGCACGCAAGCGAGUAUCUCUACGAAGCCACAUCUAUGUAGACGCUUGAAGUGUCUUGUCACUCCCCCAGAAGAAGAACUAUAUUUCCCGGUAUUCGGGUUUCCCGCAGAACGCCCCCAUGCAGAAGAGUGGAAGAGGAGGGUCUUCGUCGACAACUGCAGCCACUUGCUGAGUCUCAGAAGAGGUAAGCGAUAGGGAAGGAGACGCAGCUGAGAGGUCAGGAUGCAGCAGUUCAAGAGUCGGCAGAAGCUGAACAAGCAGCGAGCAACGAGCAACGCACCCAGAUUUCCACGAGUACGGAAUCGAGCGAAGCUCUUUUCAGACUCUAUUUAUAAGCAGCAUCCGCCAUACGGUAAAAGCGACAAGGGAGACUGACUAGAAAUUUGGAAAAGCAUCGUCGACGACGAGU